UCCACGUCUUUCUCGAUCUGUUCUUCUUCUUCUUCUUUCUCUUGAUUUUGAAUUUGAUAAUACUACUGUUUCUCCUUCAAUCAGAUCGUCCUCUCCAUUUCAUCAGCUCCGGCUACUGGCUGCCGUCACUUCACGGUAGCUCGCCGCCACCUCCCACCAAUUUCUACAAUUUUUUUUUUAUAUUUUCUCUAGCUUUAUCGCGGCAAAGAGAGAGAGGGAGAAAGAGAAAGAGAGAGGCUGUAGAUCUCGGAGAAAAUUUGUUUAUUACUAACUCUGGUCAACGCCGGAUGGGCAAUGCCAAUGGAAGAGAGGACGGAACCGUCGACGGUGUUCCCGAUCGGUCUUCCGGUAUGUCCAACGGCUCUUACGGAGGUGGUCCUGUAUCAACGGAUUCCAUGGCGAAUUCGCCUCCUGAGAGUCCUGGACGUUCAAGAUCUCCGCUCAUGUUCGCUCCUCAGAUUCCUAUAGCUCCUCUACAGAGGGGUGAUGGACCACCAUUAUCAAAUCAAAUGUGGCAGGGUGAAUCUCCCAAUGCUAUGGAUUUCCCCACUGAGCAAGGAAUACCUACUUUACUGAAUUGGAGUUAUGGAGGCACUGAUGUUGUUGUGGAAGGAUCUUGGGAUAAUUGGGCAUCAAGGAGGAAACUACAGAGAUCAGGAAAAGAUCAUUCUAUUCUCUUGGUCUUGCCCAUGGGUAUAUAUCAUUAUAGGUUUAUAGUGGAUGGUGAACCGAGAUAUAUUCAAGAUCUUUCUCAUGUAGCCGACGAGAGAGGCCAAACUUACAAUAUACUUGAUGUGAAUGAUUACGUACCUGAGAGUAUUGAUGGGGUUGCCGAAUUCGAGUCACCACCUUCACCAGAAUCGAGUUACGGUCAGCCUUUUCUUGGCGACGAAGAUUUUGCAAAGGAACCUGUAAUAGUCCCGCCUCAGCUUCAGGUGACAGUUGAAGGAGAAGAGAAUGCAACUAAUAAUGAUCAUGAUAAUCCAUCUUCUACCACUUCUUCUAAACCGCAACAUGUGGUGCUAAACCACCUCUUCCUCGAGAAAGGAUGGGCUUCUCAGUCUGUGGUUGCUCUCGGUUUGACUCACAGGUUUCAAUCAAAGUAUGUAACUGUUGUCCUCUAUAAGCCCCACAACAAACGAUCAUAACUGU